AUGGAUGAGAAUUACAGUCUUCCUGAUAAUGUUGCAAUUAUUACCUUGCAGGCUAUAGAGGACCCUCAGUAUUCAGUGAUAGCAAAAGUUGAACUAAGAAAGGUGUUUGGAAAGAGAACCAUCAAGGAAUUAGCUAAGACUAACCUUUCUGCUAAUCAAAACAAGUCAGAGAUGAAAAAACUCAACUGGAGAGUAAUCGAGAACAAUAAAAGUGAUCCUAUCCCACUGAAAGGUGGUCCAGUUGACAGUCAAGCCCUUGUCGUGGAACUCGGACCCAUGGAGAUACGCACGUUCUUGCUAAAGUUCUAG